CGCCGCGUGGUCAGCGCCGAGCGCCGCCGCCACAGCGGGAGCAGGAACCGGGAGCGGCGGGGCCCGGCCCGGUUUGUCCCCGCCAUGUGGUUCAUCUACGCCUUGAGUUGGCUGUCGUUGCUCAUCCAGGUGGCUUUCGUCACCCUGGCCAUCGCUGCUGGGCUGUACUACCUGGCGGAGCUGAUCGAGGAGUACACGGUUGUCACCAGGAGGAUAAUCAAAUACAUGAUCUGGUUCUCCUCGGCCGUGCUGGUCGGCCUCUACCUCUUUGAACACUUUCCUGGUUUCAUGGUGGGCGUGGGGCUCUUCACCAACCUGGUCUACUUCGGUUUGCUGCAGACCUUCCCCUUCAUCGUCCUGACGUCCUCCAAUUUCAUACUGUCCUGCGUGCUGGUUAUAUUCAAUCACUACUUAGCGUUCCAGUACUUCGCUGAAGAGUAUUACCUGUUCUCUGAGGUUCUCGCCUACUUCACUUUCUGCCUGUGGUUAAUUCCUUUUGCUUUUUUCGUCUCCUUGUCAGCUGGAGAGAACGUCCUGCCUUCCACGGUGCAGCCUGGAGACGACGUGGUCUCCAACUACUUCACCAAGGGGAAGAGGGGCAAACGCUCCGGUAUCCUCCUCAUCUUCUCUUUCAUCAAGGAGGCCAUCCUGCCCAGCCGACAGAAGAUUUACUGAGCCCCGGAUGCAGCCGGCGUUGGCUGCGGUGAAGGAGCAGAGCAGACCCAAACUGUGCAGAGGGCUGCGAGGCAGCACUGUCCCCAGGCCUCGCUCGAACCCUCCUCGAGGUCUCUCGAAGGGAUUUUGCUAGGAACCUAUAAACCCGGCAAUGACCGGAGGUGCCAGCAGCGCUGGACAGACGCACGGGGAGGGCUCGUGCCUUUUUAUUACAGCUCUGCUGAUCCCCCGGGACUGUGUGCAAGAAGGAUGUUUGGCUCCGGCUGAGUACGAGGAGGGUCUGGCCCCCCGGCACUGCCCACCCUGCCUGGGGACCUGGGAGGCGUUGUCAUCCGCUGGGCUUUAAAACCAGGAGUUUGCGCAUGGUGUAGUUUGGCUGUGGGGGAACGGUUCCCUCAGUGUGGCAGCAGAACGCGCUUGACAUUUAAGUGAGGUUUACACAGAGCCGUUAAUUAAAAAAAAAAAAAAAAAAAGGAAUAAAGUAAUCAAACUGUCAAAAUCCCACGUAUUCCUGCUGGGAGCCUGCCAGCGCUGGAGGAUGCUGGCGUCCCGCCGUGCAGCACGCGUCGGGAGGGGAGCACGAGGGCGGGCGCCUUGCCCUGCACUCCGCAGCUGCAGGGAGAUGACCUGGAAGGACUCAGAAUUGCUUUUUGUUUGAUUUUAAUGUUGGAAAUACCCACUUUUCUCUGGUUUUGCUGGAAGCCUCCCUGAGUGGCUGGGAUGCUGCAGCAGUACAGCAGUAAAUGAUCGUGCUAGGAAGGAGGUGAACCCUUUGUUCUUGUUCCUUGUAAUUAUUAAAAAAACCUUUUCCCCCCCCCCCUUUUUUUGCUUCGUUGGUCACCUUCAGCCUGUGCCAGAACUAGAUGUCCCCGUGCUAGCCAGGAGCCGGGGCUGUGCGUGGCUGUGGCACAGGAACGCCCGGCUCUGGCAGCACCGUUUCAUGGUUCAGGAAGGCUUUUCGAGGAGUUUCGGAGGAAAAUGGCUCAUUUUGUGGCCAGUUCUGCUGAAGGCAAAGGUGAGGCAUGCAGUCGUACCGCCUCACCCCUCCCUGCCCUUGAGUUUGUUCAGGGCCCACUAACACUGGUGUGUUUUGAUGCUGAUUGAUAGAAGCGUGGUUUCUGUUUGAGAGCUGCUCGUCUAAUAAAGGCUAUGGGUGAAGUUCACCUUA